AUGUCCAUGGCGUGGAAGCGGAUUGAGAAGGAAUACCUGGACACUCAACGGAAGGAGGGGACUAGUGGCGAAAAGGCCAUAAAAAAGAAGCCAUGGUGGGACUACGUCUACCACCUGAGAAAGCACUCCGCGAAGGCGAAGGCGCACGCGCUUGAUGGUGGCGGGGCAGCGACCAUCAAUGUCGACGCCUAUGCCUCCGUGCCAGCGCAAAACGAUCCGCAAUCAUCGGGGGCUCCGUCUCCGGCACGAGCGCGCGGAGCCCGGCUUCAACCAUCUACCCCUGGUGUCACACCACCUGCCAAACGCCGCCGGAUUGAGGAGACCGCGACAAUGGCGGCCGCUAAGCUAGUGAGCGAGGCCAUCAACUCCACCAAUGCCUCCACGCUACGGCAGCUGCAGGAUUCCACUCAACUGCUCGUCACGGCGAUGCACAUGGCGGCGCUUCAGGCUGGGCUGCGAUUGCAGAUCCCAAACCCACCAGCUCCCGAUGCCGCACCACCAACUUCGCCGCCGCCUGCCCAGCCGGGUGCAGAGGGAGAUGCAACGAUGGACGGGUCCGAUGAUGGUGCUGAGGAGCCGGAUCGUUAG